AUGAUGCAUUUAGAAGUUGAACCAGUCAUUCUAAGAAACUAUGAAAUCUUGAAGCGUCUAGGGAAGGGGGCCUAUGGAAUCGUCUGGAAGGCUCGAAAUAGGAAAACACGCAAAACGGUUGCAUUGAAAAAGAUAUUUGAUGCCUUUCGAAAUCAAACAGAUGCCCAGCGAACGUUUCGUGAAAUUUCAUUCCUACAAGAAUUUUCUCAGCACCCAAACAUUAUUCGACUUCUUAAUGUUAUAAGAGCGGAAAAUGAUAAAGAUAUAUACUUGGUGUUUGAAUAUAUGGAAACUGAUCUUCAUAACUGCAUCAAGAAGGGAGGUAUCUUAAAGGAUAUACAUAGGGUGUUUAUUUUUUAUCAACUGCUUCGUGCAAUUAAAUACAUCCACUCUGGGAACGUAAUACACCGUGAUUUAAAGCCAUCAAAUGUUCUGUUAAACUCUGAUUGUUUAGUGAAAUUAUGUGAUUUCGGGUUAACACGUUCAUUGGCCAGCAUUUCUGAAAAUCGUGCAACAUCUGCAGAAUCGUUUAUAGAUGGGGAUGAUGAUAAUGAGAACCCUGGUUUAACAGAAUAUGUGGCAACGAGGUGGUAUCGUGCACCAGAAAUUCUGCUAGCUUCAAACAGUUACACAAAAUAUGUCGAUAUGUGGAGUUUAGGCUGCAUAUUAGGUGAAAUGUUACUUGGCAAGGCAUUAUUCCCUGGUACUUCGACAAUAAAUCAAAUUGAACGAAUCGUUUCCGCUGUAGAAAGGCCAAGUAUGCAAGACAUUGAAUGCCUUCGUUCGGACUAUGGUAAAUCAGUAUUAGAAAAAGCAUUGCAAAAACCACAACGUCCGUUGAAAACUUUGUUUCCCAAUGGUUUAGAUGAACUAGCUUUUGAUAUGCUUGUAAAGUUGAUUCAGUUAAAUCCAGAGAAACGUUUGACCGUUGAACAAGCAUUAAACCAUAACUAUGUUAAAAGAUUUCGUGAUCCCGCAUCUGAAAUUGUACUGGAGCAUCCAGUUACACCUAUUCUAAGGGAUGAUAAACAGUUGAGUGUAUCAGAUUAUCGUCAGAAAUUGUAUGAGAUUAUAAUGGAGAAGAAGGCUCAACAUAAAAUUCGAAAAAUGCUUCGAUCAGUGGAACUGAGUGAGGACGGAAACUUGCAGAAUCGGACGAAUUCACUAGAAAAAAAUGAUAUUCACGAGAAAGUGGUCACAGUAAAACACUGUGAACAGAAACAAAAUGAACAGACUGUUCUUUCUGGGAACCAACGUAACGUUAAAACCACUGAAAUAAAAGAUCAACAGUAUUGUUCCGACUGUAAUGACUUAAAAUCUAAACCAGCUUACUGUACUUCACUAAGUAAAAAUAAUAGUGGAUCAGUUUCAUCAAAUAGUCAUGUAGUGCGGGCGAAUAAUAAUGGUACAUUUGAAAAUGAACGUGUCAUCCAAUCAGAUUCUUGCAGUCAGAUAAACUCCACAUCAAAGUCGAGUCAUACUGCUUGCCUGACAAAUAAUAAACCCACAAGUAAUGUAUCCACUAAAUUAAGUAGACAUAUAUCUAUGCCUAGUUCAACUACCAGCCCUGGAAAGUAUAUGUCUCAUUUACAGUCACAUAUGGAUAAGCAUAAUUAUUGCCAGCCGACAAUGAUGAGUAUGAGCAGGGAAGCGAAUAAUCCUGUCAUUGUCAGAGGAAAUAAAACUACAAGCCCAAAUUCAUUAAAGUUGGCGAAUAAUUAUCCUGCAAACAGACGAUCAUUCAUAAAUUCGUCAUCGUCACUGCCGUCAGCAACACUAGCACCACCACCACCACCAACAACAACAACAACAACAAAAAUACGAUCAGAGUCAAAAUUAUUCAAUCAUUCUAUUUGUAAUUACAACCAAACAUAUGGUACUGUUUCAACAUCUCAGUUAAAUCAACUGCAUUCUCGUAAAUGGACACGUUGA